AUGGCCAUCGCUUCUUCUGAGCAGUUUCAGAGCGACUUGGUUCAAGUGAGUAAGCUGGCCACAGAUGUACAUUAUCCUCUGGUUCAGGUCAACCAGCUAAUAUACACAAGUGUCUUGUUCUCAACAACAAAAGGCGGAAAUAUCCUACGUGGCCGUACUGUUCUUGACAGUGGCUGGAUGCUGAAUGGUCAAAAUCUGUCCCGGGUCCAAAACGAGGACCUGAAAGUACUGGGGUGCCUCGUCGAACUGCUCAACGCUGCAUAUUUGAUUUGGGACGAUAUUAUGGAUGGAUCAUCCACCUGGCGUGGCCAGCCAUGCUGGUAUCGCCGCGAAGCUGUUGGCAUGAUGGCUAUCAACGACGCGUGUCUUGUGAAAUCUGCAAUUUACGUCACGCUCAAGGAACGCUUCCAUGAACACGAAGCGUAUAUAGACCUUUACGAGCUGUUUGCUGAAGCAUCCCUACGGACUGAGCUUGGACAGCACUGUGAUCUCAUGUCUUCAGCAAGGUUAGUGGAGCUCGAUCGGUUUUGCUGGGAUCAUUGUGAGUUUAUCACCAUGCACAAAACAGCUUUCUAUACCUUUUACCUUCCCGUGGCCAUUCCUCUUGUUUACUUGCGCAUUGCAACCUCUGCGAAGCUAAAGCAAGUAUAUGAGGUAUCAAUGCUGCUGGGCCUUGUCUUUCAGGCCCGAGAUGACUUUCUGGAUGUCUAUGGGGAUGAGAAAGUUACUGGAAAGAUUGGUACCGACAUCCAGGAACACAAAUGCAGCUGGCUUUCAGUCAUGGCCUUACAGCAUUGCAACGAUGAAGAAAAGAGCGUAUUGAGAAACUGCUAUGGUUCCACGAAUCGGGAUAAUGUUGCAAAGGUCAAAGACAUCUUUCAAGAGCUGAACCUGGCCAAGAUCUUUUAUGACUUACCAUUAAAGGAGAUUUUUAUAGAGUUUCAGUCAAAAUAA